AUGUCAAACGGAUUGAAUCAAAUUUUUCAAAACUGUCGCGAACAAACCGGAUAUCCAGAACCGGAAGAAACCGUUGAUUUGUUACUGGGACUUGAAGCUGGUGGUGCAGAUAUCAUUGAAUUGGGCAUCCCGUUCACUGAUCCUUUGGCCGAUGGUCCGACAAUUCAAGAAUCCAAUAAUGUAGCGCUUCAACAUGAUAUAGACAUUACAAAAUGUUUGUCGUAUGUAUCCGAAGCAAGAGCUAAAGGACUCAAAGUUCCUGUAGUGUUCAUGGGAUAUUAUAAUCCAAUUCUUGCUUAUGGCGAAGAAAAAAUUGUUGAUGAAUGUAAAAAAGUCGGUGUUAAUGGAUAUAUUGUAGUUGAUUUGCCUCCCGAAGAAUGUGAAAAGUUUAGGUCCAUUUGUAAUGAAAAAGGUUUAAGUUAUAUCCCUCUAAUUGCUCCUUCGACUUCCGAAGCGCGUAUACGUCAUCUUGCACGCGUUGCCGAUACUUUUAUCUACGUGGUAUCAAGAAUGGGAGUAACGGGUUCAAGAGAUACUAUCAAUGCGGAAUUACCAAACAUAAUUUCGAAAAUUCGUAAACAUACAAAAUUACCCCUUGCUGUUGGUUUUGGUGUUACCACGAGAGAACACUUUAAAGCUGUCGGUUCAUACGUUGAUGGUGUUGUAAUUGGUAGUAAGAUCGUCAACGUCUUAAAAUCAGCACCUAAAGGUAAAAGAAUCGAGGCCAUAAAAUCAUACGCGUUGGAAGUUUGCGGUAGAGCGGCUGAAGAUGUCAAGGAGGAAAAUGCCAAAGUGGUCAAAUUAUAUGGUACCCAAGAUAAUGGUCAAAGUAUCGAGCUUGUGGAUGUUAAUGAUUCUUGGAAUAAUACACUGGAACCUCGAUUUGGUGAUUUUGGGGGUCAAUACGUCCCCGAAGCUUUGGUUGAUUGUUUAGUCCAACUUGAAAAAAUUUUUACGGAAGCAAAAGAUGAUCCAGAAUUUUGGAAAGAAUUUCGAUCAUUUUAUGAUUAUAUGGGUAGAGAAUCACAAUUACAAUUCGCGGAUAGGUUAACAGAAAACGCUGGAGGUGCAAGAAUUUGGUUAAAAAGGGAGGAUUUAAAUCAUACAGGAUCACACAAGAUUAAUAACGCCAUAGGACAAGCAUUAUUAGCAAAACGUAUUGGCAAAAAAAGAAUUAUUGCAGAGACCGGAGCUGGACAACACGGCGUUGCCACUGCUACUGUUUGUGCUAAAUUCGGAUUAGAAUGUGUUAUCUACAUGGGAGCCGAAGACGUUAGAAGGCAAGCCUUGAACGUUUUUAGAAUGCAAUUGUUGGGAGCUAAAGUUAUUUCGGUGGAAUCGGGAAGCAAAACAUUAAAAGAUGCCAUUAAUGAAGCCAUGAGAGAUUGGGUAACUACUGUUCAGGAUACGCAUUAUUUGGUUGGUUCAGCGAUUGGACCCCAUCCAUUCCCAACAUUGGUAAGAGAAUUCCAAUCUGUGAUUGGAAGGGAAUCAAGGGAACAAAUGAUAAAAAAAGCCGGUAAAUUACCAGAUGUGGUUGUUGCUUGUGUUGGUGGUGGAAGUAAUGCUAUUGGAAUGUUUCAUCCAUUUAUCGAGGAUGAAAGCGUAAAAUUUGUAGGGGUUGAAGCCGGUGGCGAUGGAGCGGAGACUGAAUUUCACUCGGCAACCUUAUCGGUAGGUACGCCUGGAGUGUUUCAUGGAACGCGUACUUAUUUAUUACAAGAUAAGAAAGGACAAAUCAAAGCUACGCAUAGUAUUAGCGCGGGAUUAGAUUAUCCUGGUGUAGGACCUGAACAUGCGUGGCUCAAAGACACGGGUCGCGCAAGUUACGUUGCUGUUACGGAUAAAGAUGCUUUAAUUGGAUUUAAGAAAAUGUCCGAAUUGGAAGGGAUCAUACCAGCUCUUGAGACGAGUCACGCUAUUUUUUAUAUUCUAAAGCUUGCUUCUACGAUGAACAAAGACCAAGAUAUUCUAUUAUGUCUUAGUGGUCGUGGUGAUAAAGAUGUUGUGUCUGUAGCCGAAGCUUUACCUAAAUAUGGUCCUCAAAUUGGAUGGGAUCUCAGAUUUGAAUCUUAUAAUUAA